AACAGAUCUCUCUCUGUAUAUAUAAUUCAUAUAUCUAAAAAUUAUUCUGCGGAUAUUUCUAACUAUGAAAAAAUCUUCAAAUAUGUUCCCCAAAUCUCCUUUUCUUACUCUCCUGAUUCUCUUCAUUUUAUCUACCGUCGUAUACGGCGGCCGUGUUAUCGUCGACCAGUCAUCGUUGGAUCUCGUCUCCGAUGGAGUUCACGGCGACGGCGGAGGAAGAACUAAUAGUAGUACUGGCCGUGAAUGAGGAAUUAUCUCCCUUUUUUCUGCAACAGAAGAGGCAUGUGAACAGAGCUAUGGCUUUUUGCCUUGCACGAAAACUGCUCUAGGAAAUGUCUUCCUCAUUAUUGUGUAUGGUUACCUUAUGUUUUCGGCUGCUACUUAUCUCUCCUCCGGUAGUGAGCUGUUGCUUGAGAUUUUGGGACCUGGUCUUAUUGGUGGACUUUUCCUUCCUAUUCUCGGUGCUCUUCCUGAUGCUAUGCUCAUUCUCGUAUCGGGGAUAACUGGAAGUGCUGCAGCUGCUCAGAGCCAGGUCUCUGUAGGAAUAGGCUUGUUAGCUGGGUCGACAGUGAUGCUUCUUACUGCGAUAUGGGGAACCUGUUGCAUUGUUGGCAAGUGCGAUAUAGAAGAUUCUACUGCUGUGGAUUUGAAAGACACUAAAGGGCUCAGUUUGACUGGUUCUGGUGUUACUACUGAUAUCUGGACAAGCUAUGCUGCAAUGAUCAUGGUCGUAUCUGUUCUUCCAUUUAUUGUUGUGCAGUUACCACAGCUCUUUCAUUCAAAUUCAGGAAGACAUUUAGCUGUCUUGAUAGCUCUUAUCAUAUCAUUGUCGCUGCUCCUCUCUUAUUGUCUUUAUCAGGUCUUUCAGCCUUGGAUACAAACACGAAAACUUGCUUAUGUAAAACAUAAGCAUGUCAUAUCAGGAAUUUUGAAACAUUUAAAAAAGCACGCAUUGGGGAAGCUUUUCACAGAUCAUGGAACACCAAAUAAAGAAGUUUUAGAAAAGCUGUUCAAUGCAAUUGAUGGAAAUGGUGAUGGACAUCUUUCCCAUGCUGAAUUAAGAGCUCUGGUCGUAGGAAUCAGUCUUGAGGAGAUAAACUUAGAAGAAAAUGAUGCGAUAACGAAGGUACUGAAGGACUUUGAUACGUCUUGUGAUGAUCAAGUUGAUCUGAAAGAAUUCAUUGCUGGAAUUGAAAAAUGGCUUUUAGAAGCCAGGAGUUCUAAUGGUUCUUCUGUUGAGGCUGGUUCUGAUACAUUCAAAUGCAUUGAUAAUUUUCAUGAGGAAACAAGGAGGGAGCACAGCCUCUUAGGGGAGGAUCAAAGUGAUGAAAUUGUUGAGGGUGUCGAGAAUCCUCGAAAAAUUGCUAUAAAGGCCGCGUUACUGUUGUUGCUGGGUACUAUUAUCGCUGCUGUUUUUGCUGAUCCUUUGGUGGAUGCUGUUAAUAAUUUUUCCAGUGCCACGAGUAUUCCAUCUUUCUUCAUCUCAUUCAUUGCACUGCCUCUGGCAACAAACUCCAGUGAGGCAGUGUCUGCUAUAAUUUUCGCUACCCGAAAGAAGAAGAGAUCUGCGUCAUUAACAUUUUCUGAGUUAUAUGGAGCUGUUACUAUGAACAAUCUCCUUUGUCUGUCAGUCUUCUUGGCUAUUGUUUACACCCGAGGAUUGAUAUGGAACUUCUCAUCUGAAGUGCUGGUUAUUCUAAUUGUUUGCAUUGCUAUGGGGCUCUUAGGGAGCAUCCGCACCACCUUUCCUCUGUGGACCAGUUUGAUAGCUUUUACAUUUUAUCCAUUCUCCCUUGUACUCGUAUAUGUUCUUGACUACGUAUUUGGUUGGUCGUAGAUCGAUCAUUGUAUUGAACAAAGAUCAGAGUUGGUGUGUAUAUUUUGAGCAGCAGUGCACAUCGGUCGUCUUGAAUGUGUCGAAAACUUGUGGAUUAUAAACCUCAAUUGCUCUUGUCAGAGCUGAGAAACCUUGUUUUUACGUGUAAUUUGAAAUUCCGCAUGCUAUGUUUAUUAUGUAUCGGAUUUUAAGUUUUCCA